AUGAGCAAAAUACAUCAUUUUAGAAAUUUUACGAAUGCCAACAUCCCUCAGAAUGAACUAAUAUAUUUAAUUUUAAAUAUUGUCCCAGUAACCGAUUUUCCAGAGCAGUAUUAUCUUCCUGAUAUAAAUCGUGAAAUGCUUGAGAAGCUGAAUUUUGACGUCUCCAAAUUUAAUUUUAAUUGCAUCUCGGAUCUUGAAGUUCAAACGCUCAUUACCAAAUUACAUGAAGUCGUGAUGAAUGGUGUUCAAACCGAUAUUCCCGUAGAAUAUUGGGUGGAACUUGAAAAAAAAGACUUGCCGAAAGAAUACUCAAUUGAGGUUCGAAUAUGGUCAGCAAAGAAUGGUUUAAUGGAAGAUUUUGAUUUUGUCGAACCAGGGGGAAGAAAAACAGUAUUGGAAGCACUAUCUAAACUUCCACCUAAAGUUGCGAUUGAGUUGGCUAACAAGACGCUUGUUACAAUACAGGUUUAUUUCCUAUUUAUUGUAGCGGACGAGUCCAAGAAUAUUGUUUCUUUGGAUGGGACUGCGAAAGAAAAGAAAUCCGAAUCAAUUGACAAGUUUUGGGAGAAAGUUACAUUGAUAGAAGAUCAAAGAAUGGCAGCUAUAACUCAGCGAAAAGUUUUAAUGGUAUGGAUUCUAAAUUUUGAUGUAUCUUUGAGAGUUUUAGAUGUGAUUCUAACUAAAUUGUUUUUAAUAGUUAGUGAUUCUCCAUCUGGAACAAUGACAUCAAAGAAAGAUUUAAUGCCAGUAAUAUCUACUCUAGCUUUUUGCCCAUUUAUCAAGGUUCCAUUAAUACGUAAAAUAUAUGUUAAUAUUCCAUAUACAUAA